CGCAAACCACGGCACGGGCGUCGCACCGCAGCGGCUGCAGAGUGUUUUUUCUUCCUUUUCACCGUCAGAUCUCGGGACACGGAGGAGCGCGUGAGUGAAGAAAAGAAGGAAAAGCUCGCGAGCGGGGAUCGGGGGACAUCGUAAAGGGGGAGGAGCGGAAAGACACACACACACACACACACACAUCUCGAUUUCCAGACUGAGGCGAAUCCCGAGCGGAUGAUUCGUGUGUGAAUGUGUGAGGGAAGCAGCGCGCGCCUCUGAUACGGGACUCAUAAUGAGCGCGCGCUGAUUCUGCUUCUGCUUUUCCUCUUCCUUUUCCCCUCGUGCUUAACCGAAUCAGUGCUGAGGUGAUGAGAGGCCGAAGUGAAGAAGAGCAGCGUGCGCUCCUCCUCUUCUCCUCCUCCUCGUCCUUCUCUUCUACCUCCGGCCGUCGCCCUUGAUGGAGCGCGAGCGCGCGGCCGAUGGCUCUGGCGGAGACCUGCCGCCACCGCCGCCGCACAAGCGCAGGCCGAACCGCGCGCCCUCGCCGGCCAGACCCGCGCUGAAGGAGGCGCACUAUCCGCGCGCGUCCAAGCCGCCUCCCUCCGCGCCGCCCAAGUCGCCCAGGCCGCUCGCGCAUCAGCAGCAGCGCGCGACAGCUCCUCCGCGACGCGCUGGGAAUCCAGACAAACCGACAGCGGCGGUGAAGAGCGGCGCGAGGGCGACGGCGGCGAAAAAAGCGGCGAAGGUCGCUCAAACGGAGCGCAAAGCCACCGCGCCGGCGCAACCGCCGCCGCCGCCGCUUGGACCGGCUGCCAAGAGCAAGACGGGCGGCAGGAGGGCGAGCGCGCCGCCCCGCGCGCCCCCGUUCGCCCUCGCCUCGCCGGUGCGCGUGCCCACCGGCAGCACUGGCGUAGCUCGCACCGACAGCAGCUCGGAUCUGUCCGACUGCGCCUCGGAGCCGCUCUCCGACGAGCAGAGGCUCGCGCAGGCCGCCAGCAGUGACGCCGAGUCCGGCUCGUGCUCAGGCUCCGCCGCUUCCGGCUCGGGUUCCGAGCACAAUGCGGCCGCCGCCGAAGGGACGUCGACCUCGGGGGCUCGGGCGCGCGCGCCAACGGCCACAUCCACAUCAGCAGCAACAGCAACUAGAGCAGCCGCGGCGCCAGCGUCACCCGCGACAGGACAGGUGGACAAACAGAGCGCGAGCGCACCGGCCAGACCAGAGCUGAGCGAGGACGAGCUGCUGCGCGAGAUCGAGGAGCUGCGCUCAGAAAACGACUACCUCAAGGAUGAAGUGGAUGAGCUGCGAGCUGAGAUGGAGGAGAUCAGGGACAGUUACCUGGAGGAGGAGGUGUAUCAGCUACAGGAGCUACGCAGGGAGCUGGACCGUUCCAAUAAGAACUGCCGCAUCCUCCAGUACCGUCUGCGCAAGGCCGAGCAGAAGAGCCUGCGUGUAGCACAGACCGGCCAUGUGGAUGGAGAACUGCUCCGCAACCUAGAACAAGACCUCAAGGUGGCCAAAGAUGUGUCGGUACGUCUGCACAAUGAGCUGGAGAGUGUGGAGGACAAGCGCACUCGGGCGGAGGAUGAGAAUGAGAUGCUCAGGCAGAAGAUCAUUGAGGUGGAGAUCUCCAAGCAGGCCCUGCACAACGAGCUGGAGAGAGCCAAAGAGAUGGCACUGAGGAGGCGAGGGAGUAGGGAAACCUUCAAAGACAAGAAAUCUCUUACUCAGGAGGACAGUGCAGACCUACGCUGUCAGCUGCAGUUUGCUAAAGAAGAAUCAGCCUUGAUGCGCAAGAAGAUGGCCAAGCUGGGCCGGGAAAAGGACGAGCUGGAGCAGGAGCUCCAGAAGUACAAGUCUGUGUACGGGGAUGUAGAUAGCCCCCUACCACUGGCUGAGGUGACAGGUGGUGGGCCGCACAGCACACGGGAAGCUGAGCUGCGAUUGCGGCUCAGGCUGGUGGAGGAGGAGGCCAACAUCCUGGGGCGCAAGAUCGUGGAGCUGGAGGUGGAGAACCGCGGCCUGCGGGCUGAGAAUGAGGACCUGCGUUCACAAUACGAGCGCGACUGCUUCGGCCGCGAGCCCUUUUCCAGCGUACCUACAUCUCCGUAUGGCACUGAUGGAGCACUGGAGUCAGCCAGUGAACUGCGGCGCCACCUGCAGUUUGUGGAAGAGGAGGCUGAGCUGCUGCGGCGUUCCAUCUCUGAGAUUGAGGACCAUAACAGGCAGCUUACUACUGAGCUCAACCGUUUUAAGUUUGGGCCCGGGCAAGGUGAUGGUGAGGCUGAGGGCGGAGGCACCUUAGGUCUCUUGAAGCCUGGAAAUGGAGGUAAUGGUGGUAAUGGGGCGAGCAUCCCACCAAGUGGUGCUGGUCUCCUGCAGGAGGAGCUGAAAGCCGCCCGUCUGCAGAUUGAUGAACUGAGUGGGAAGGUGAUGAAGCUGCAGUACGAGAACCGUGUACUAAUCUCCAACGUACAGCGUUACGAUCUGGCUGCCCACUUGGGCUUGCGCUCUGGGAGCCCUAGGGAUAGCGAUGCUGAGAGCAGGGAAGCUGAAGAUGAGGAGGCAGGACGGCUCCUCCUACUUCACCCCAAACGGGAGGGUCCUGUGGGUGGCGAGAGUGACACUGAGGACCCAUUCGAGAAGACAACUACUUCUGGGUUUGGGAGUGGUGGGAAAGCGUCAGAUGUCUGCGAGGUAGGAGGGGCGGAGCUGGCGCAGCGGAGACGGGAGGAUCGGGAGAUGCUCAUUGGUAUUAAAAGGGAGGCAGAGCGGCUGGGAAAAACAGUGGAGCGGCUCAUUGCGGACACAAACAGUCUGAUCUGCGAGGGGCGCCUGGUCGUGACAGGAGCAGAUUCUGUCGGGACUGCUGGGGAAGGUUACGAGUUCAGGGGUGACGGAGACACUGCUGAACCCAAGCCCGACUCUCAGGUGCUGGAUGCCAUCAAUACCCGCAUGCGGGCAUUCCGGGCAGAACUCCAUUCGUUUGUGGAGAAAGUGGACCACUUGGGUGAGGGUCUGAAAGAACGCACUGAUGACCUUUCACCCAUGCCCAACCUCACAGAGUCCAGCAGCUUCCUGUCCACUGUCACCUCCAUGUCUCGCGACUCGCCCAUCGGCACUCUGGGAAGAGACCUGGUGACGGACUUCCAGUCCGGGCGGAGGCAGGAGCUGGAGUGGUCCCUAGGCCGGCAGACUGGCCCGGAGGCCCCAGGGCCCGCCGCACCCAGGGGAGCCCCCGCACUCAGUAGAUACGCCAGGCCCCACAGUGUCAGACCCGAGCUGCGGGAAUCGAGCCUGCCAGAUGUGGGGACCCCUGCCAGGGAAAUGCAGUUCUGCCUGGACCCGGAAAGGAGACUGAGAUCUGGACAGGAGGAGAGAGAUAGUCUGUCCUCCUCCAUCACUCAGGAUGAGGAGAGGAGACGCUUAGAGGCACGGCGGGGCCUGGAGCUGCAGGGGCUGCAGUCGCACGAGCUAGCAUGGCCUCAGGAAAGAGCUCUCCUGCAGCAGGAAGUACGUCUGUUCCGGCAGAACACCAUAAUCGUUUACACGAAGCUUCGCUACAUCCUCAUGCAUUGGAGGCUCGGCCGCAGGACCGACAUUGCUGAGGAGGGGGCGCAUGCUGAGUAUGAGCGGUUGGAGAGCAUUCCAGAGGUGGGAGUGGUGAUGGAGCAUGGAGAGGGGGAGACUGAGCGGGAGGAUAAAGUGUGUCCCCAGUCGACGUGGGGAGACGUCUCUGAACCUGGACUUCUGCCCUCACCGGAAAGAUUCCAGUAUCAUAAACAGGUGGGUGACAGCAGGCGGGUGCUGCACGCCCUGCGCUCGCUGCUGGAGGAGUUGAGGGCGGAGCUGCGGGAGGAGGCACAGAGACGGUGUCAGCUGCAGCAGACGCUGGCCAGUGAGAGAGCAGCCUGGGAAAUACAGCGCAUCGAGAUGAGGAGCCACAUAGCACAGCCAGAGGAGUCGAGAGCAGGAGUGUCAGGGUCAGCGGGUGGGGCAGACUCAUCCCAGCAGGAGCGUGAGAGGGAGCGAGAGGAGCAGCAGAGGCUCCUGGCUGACAGCCACAGCCUGGCUAUGGAACUGCGCUGGAAGCUGCAGCACGGGGAGCUGCGCUGGAGCCGGGAGAGGAGCGAACUUCUCGAGAGGUUCGAGAGGGAGCGGCAGGAGUGGGACCGCAGCAUCCGCGACCUGCACCGCAAGAUGGAAAAGAUGCAGCGGGAGCUCCCAUUCUGUCACUCUGAGGGGGUUCCUCUGUUAGAAGGUGGAGUCCCACAUGUCUUCUCACCUCAGGACAGUCCCUGUAAGGCCCCCAGGUCUCCUCGGUCUCCCCGUCCAGCUCCUUGCGUACCAUCCCGCUCCCACUCGGACUCGGAGGCCACUCUAGAAGAGAGGGGCAUGGGGAGGAUACAGCCCAGUGAGGGCCACCGACCCCCAGAGAGCCUAUUCCUGGAUGCUCUAUCCCUGGACCCACCCAGCGAAGCAGAGGUACCUCCUCCAUCCAGACUGGAGAGCGAGAAGAGGUUCCCCUGCCUGAAUGAGGCACUGAAUGAAAUCUCAGAGAGAGACCCUGCACUGUAUGGGGAGGAAGAGCUGGGCAGUGGGAGCCUCCUCAGGGCCAAGUCUGUCUGCUCCAUGAGUGAUUUCCAGCGUUUGAUGGACAGCUCUCCCUUCCUGCCAGACAAAAGCAAGUCGGGUGAGCAUGGACGGGACGAGAACACCCCACCCCUCUCUCCAGAUGACCUCAAAUACAUUGAGGAGUUCAACAACAAAGGUUGGGAACUCCCUGCUGCAUCUCUCGCCUCUUGCCCCAUCCCAGGUCCUGCACUGCCCCCAACGGUGGUGGAGGCGUGGGCAGAGCGGGCAGAGUCCCGCAGACCCCCAGACCCUCCUUCAGAAGCCUUUCAGCCAGCCUCCUGGUACCUGACCACAAGCGCUACCUUGACCACCAACACCCUGAGCAGCCCAGAGCACUGCCAGAGGCUGCCUCUGAGGGGCGCCUCUGGAUCUGAACAUUUUGGGGUUCGUGUCCUUCACAGCCCUACUAGGGGUGAGAGGGCAGCCCCUGGGCCUUCCGAGCAGGAGUACAUGUUUUCCAAAGUGAGCAAAGCCAAGGCAGGGGAGGGGGAGGACGUUUUUGGAGGCAGAUGGCCUUGCGAGCUGAGGGGUCACCAUCUGGAGACAGGUCUGGGUUAUGCUUCCUCGCUAGAGCUAGAGCUGUCCCGCAACCUGAGCGAUGACAUGAAGGAGGUGGCCUUUUCUGUCCGCAACGCUAUUCGCUCCAGCACGGCCUCCGUCCCAACCCAGCUUCGGGAUGCAUCCUGCCAGACCAAUGGCUUCACCACACGUGGGACACAGACCACCCAGACCAUCAGUGUGGGUCUGCAGACUGAGGCCCUUCGAGCACUUACCAGCAGCCCGCAUCGCUGCCUCACGCCAAAGGGGGGUGGCUCCACGCCAGUUUCCUCGCCCUCACGUAGCCUCAGGAAGGUGCAGUACUCGCCUGCGACACAGGGCAAGUUUGAGCGCCCCUGCUGCUCACCAAAAUAUGGCUCUCCCAAGCUCCAGCGUAAACCCUCCUUAACUACCCCCACAGCUAAAACUGAGGCAUCUAGUGGCCCAACACGACCCCCAACACCUGCAGUUGCCUCCCAGCCAACCAAGGGCAACAGUGAGUCAGCCUGGGCCCGCUCCACCACUACCCGUGACAGCCCUGUCCACACAACCAUCAAUGAUGGUCUGUCAAGCCUCUUUAACAUCAUCGACCACACACCUGUCACCUACGACUCACAGCAAAAAUUCAACAGGUCACCUAGCCGCUCCAGGCCUGUUGAAAGUGGGCCAACAGGUAGUUAUGGGUCAGCACAGGAGUUGUUGAAAGUGUCCCGGGGCCGCUCACCCAGCCCUGUGCAGCUCAUAGUCGAAUCACAGGAUGAGAAGACCCUUGAAACAGUUAGCAUCAGACAGGAUCUGUCAGCUCCGCCCGGCUACACACUAGCAGAGAAUGCAGCACGGAUUCUGAAUAAGAAAAUGCUGGAGCAGGGCUUCAGGGACGAGAAGAGGCUGCCCAGUUCAGGCGGGACAUCCCAGAGCAGGACAGGAGAUGCGGACAAACCCGGAUGCAUUGAGGACCUCCCGCGGUCACCAGUGGCCCCACCCCUGGACUCCUGCUUCCUGAGACCGGCCCGUCCCGCCAACCGCAGGCCCCCGUCACGCUGGGCCGCACGAUCCCCUUCCUCCUCCCCCAAACACAAAGAACGCACAGUAAGGUUCCGCUUCCCUUCGCCCUCCAGACCCACUCAAACCAUCCCAGAGAUGGAGGAGCCCAGUCAGGAACUACCUCAGCCCCCCGCCUGAGGACCUCCUGCACCAGCCAAGACCACAUCCUCUGUUCCCCUCCUCUUCUCUUCUGCACUCUCAAAACAGAUGUGUUAAACACAGUCACUUGUUAUUGUGGACCCCUUCGGUCCAGCCAAUUUUAAUCUAAUCUCUAUUCACAGCAUCAUUAGCAAACGAUCAGUUACCACAGAUAAUAAUUUAAAAUCUGAACAGAAGAGCAGAAGAUUUGUUGACACAGUUAUAAUGCAAGUCACUGGGCAGGUACUGAACCAAUUCUGUUAUAAAUGUGUUCCAAGUUAACAGGUUUUCUGUUCUAAGUAUAGCCAUCAAAAUGAUUGUCUAUGGUAAUUUACCAUAUGCUACAGAUGCAAUAGACAGAGAUUAGGUGGAAAAAUGCUGGUGUAUUCCUUUAAGGAACACAACAUAUUGUGUUCAUUUUAACACAGAUCUUUGGUCAUGUUAUCUGACACAAUGUGUCAAGCUUGUGUUAUAAUAGACCUCUGAAGUUAUUCUGUAGUCUGCAUCAUGCCCAUAUUAGGAACUCCAUGUCUAAGCUUGUUGUCUCUAUGGUAAAAAUCAAUGACAUUUUUGAAAACCACUGCCACUACGCCCUACCAUGAGCCUGUUUAUUUUUCUGGAUCCUCUGGAUUACGAGGUCACUAAGGAGCCAGAAUAUUGCUACAUGCAGUCUAACACUGUUGAAUACAGAUCGUAAGAGAGGCAACCUCAACAAAAUACGCCAUACAAACCAGUAAGGUUUAUCAAAUGUGGUAGUCCGGCUGUUUGGGAAGUGGCAGCCUACUGUUUGAGUAGCUGGUAUUAUUAUCCCUUACAGAAAAUUUCCUGUGAAGUGUGCAAAAACCAUGUGUUUACAACAUGUAAUUAUAACAGUAUGUGUGAUCACGUUUUACAUGUGAUGACACAUGUCCAAAAACCUCAUAUGUUUAAUCACAAGUAAAAUUCAUGUGUUUUUUCUGUGAGGGAUAUAAUAGCGUUGAAGUUUAAUAUUAGGCUUCCUUUCAUGUGACGUCACUUCAGUGUACAGUGUUCGCUUGCCUGUAGCAUGAAUGUAGCAAUAUUUCUAUUUCCCUUGCAUUUCUCUCUCAUUUCCCUCAUAUAUUUGACACCUUAACGGCUCUGUGAUACAAAGGAUCCAGUGCCAUUCCGCGGAAACAUGUACACAGGACAAAAUGUAUCAGGUUUGGAAUAUUUGGACAGCAGCGAUUUUCAAAAACGAUCAUUUUUCCCAUAGAGGAAACCUGCUUAGGUCCUAAUAUGGGCUUGACAGCAACUACAGAAUGACUCAUGAUAUCAGAGGUCUGUCACACAGUCUGUAGUCUUGUGGUCUGAUACAAAAUGUGUAAAAAUAUUGACAGCACAUGAAAUAAUGCUCAAGAACACAUCAUUUUUGAGAGUGUACUCUUCUCUUCUCCUCAUCUUCUGCUUCCCUCUCUAUUUCUCCUCUCGUGCCAUCACUCUUUCCCGUUCCAGCCUGACCACACAAACACCACCAGUGUUGAAGUGUUGGAACCUUCCAGCCCUUCUAAAAGCCUUCCAGAACCCGGAGGAGAAAGGCAGAGUUCCACCAGCACCAGCCAAUCAGAGGAGGACGUCGUUCUAAAACUGUCUGUGAGAAUUCAAGGACCUGAAAUGUACCUGAAGCAAAAUAACAUAAACUAAUUCCAUCAGAGGUGCCUAAAACUCACUUGAUUUCUCAAUGGUCCCAUAUACGUGUGUCUAAUGUAUAUGUAUGCAAUACAUACAGAUUUAUAUGUGUCAGUCAUAUUACAAACUACGUAUUUUUUUGAUGUUCUGGGGGGAAAAAAAAUCAGUAGUAAUAAGAUUUGUCUCUACUGCAUAAACGUUUACAUGUGUUGUUGGCUUAUUUCUUUGUCUUUUUUGCAUACACCUCAUUUGUUAUUUUAUGUCCCGUGUACAUACUUGAUAAAGGUUAUUUUCUUAUUUUGAAUGUACCAUUUUUUGUUUCUCCUACUCUUCAAAGCUUAAAUAUGUUUGAGGGACAAAAAGAUUCUGUUUUAUUUAUUUUGUACACCAAGAAACAGAGUUAAGAAAGGAGAAAAGAAAACCGAGUUUCACUGAGUCAGGGAUACACGAAACAUGAUGUCAACCACACUGAUGUAUUUAUUACUCAAAACGUAAAGCUGAAUGUUUAAUGCAAACACAAUAGGAAGGUAAACGGAUUAUACUUAUGCAUAUUUUGGAAGGCAAUUGUGCAAAUAUCAUAUUUGAUCUGCAUGCCUUUUGAACCCUAGCACUUUAGUGCAUGAUCUCAAACGCUGUUGUAUCUUGUGCUAUCUCUAUAAUGUAAGCCGGCCCUACACACACACACACCCACCCACACCUAUUCACAGUGUGUGAUGGGGCUCGCUUGAUCUGUAAUUUUGUUGUCACCAAAUUUGCAUUGACCCAAGUUAGAACACUUUUUAAGUCGAUUAUUGUACCUACUACCCUGUCUUUGUAUAGCUGUUAUUAUCGAAUCAAAAUGUUUUCUUUUCUUUGAAGGAAAAUAAUGGGAUUGUAAAAAAAAUGAAUGUUUUAAAUGAAAUUCGUGUCUAAAGUCUAAUAAAAUAGAGUCUGUUUAAUUGGUAAUAAAAUGAAUGUGUAUUUACAGAAUA